AUUCAUACAGACAGUCAGACAGAGGCGUGCGAGUUUCUGAAAUGGUGCUCCUUAGAUCCACCCAAUCCCGUCCCCUCUCUCUUCUUUCCCGACUCCGCUGCUUCUAGCUCUCUCUCUCUCUCUCUCUCUCUCUCCUCUGCAAAGGCAACGAUGAAAUCGUCUUUGAAGAAGCUGAGAGGAUUCGCGCUUCAGGAGUCCAAUCCCAACACCAAAGCCAUCUCAGUCCAUCCACCUUCACCUCCUCUUGAUGAGCUCUCUCAGGCAACUCUGGACAUGCAGGAUAUGAGAAACUGCUAUGAUAGCUUACUUUCCGCUGCCGCUGCCGCUAUAAAUGGUGCAUUUGAAUUCUCGGAGUCACUGCGGGAUAUGGGUGCUUGUCUCCUCGAGAAAGCUGCAUUAAAUGAUGAUGAAGAAAGUGGUAGUGUUCUAUUAAUGCUGGGGAAGGUGCAAUUUGAACUUCAGAAACUUGUUGAUAGCUAUCGUUCUCAUAUCAUCCAGACAAUUACAACCCCAUCAGAAUCUCUUCUCAACGAACUACGGACAGUGGAGGAGAUGAAACGCCAGUGUGAUGAGAAAAGAAAUAUUUAUGAGCACAUGAUGGUGGCAAGGAGAGAAAAAGGAAGGUCAAGAAGUUCCAAAGGAGAAAGUGUUUCAGCUCAGCAGUUGCAAAGAGCUCAAGAGGAAUAUAAUGAGGAGGCAACUUUAUUUGGUUUUCGUUUGAAAUCAUUGAAGCAAGGGCUGUCUCGAAGUCUUCUAACACAGGCAGCUCGGUACCAUGCUUCGCAGUUGACUUUCUUUAAGAAAGGGCUCAGGUCUCUUGAGGCAGUUGAACCACAUAUUAAACUAGUUGCUGAACGGCAACAUAUUGAUUACCAAUUCAGUGGGCUUGAAGAUGAUGAUGCGGAGGAUGGUGAUGAUGGUCAUGAUGCCAAUGAUAAUGGGGAAUUGAGUUUCGACUAUGGGCAAAACGACCAUGGCCAAGAUGUUCCUUCACCAUCUAGGAAUUCAAUGGAGCUAGAUCAAAUGGACCAAGCAUCUGCACCAGUGUCAGCUUUGGAAACUGCAAAGAAUACUUUGCAGGAAGAUAUGCAUAAAAAUCUAGGGCAUCUACAUGCUUAUGGUAGGGGACCUAGGACUGGCAGCCAAUCGGCGCCACUCUUUCCUGAUAGGAAGUUCGAUCCAGCUGAAAAGGCAAGAGACACGCAUCCAUCAUCAACAAGAAAGUUCCACGCCUACGUGCUACCUACACCUGUUGAUGUCAAGUGCUCAUCUCUAGCACAGUCAAGCAAGACAGUUCCUGCUGUAAGGCAGGCAAGUGUGAGUGGGCGCCCACACAAUUUGUGGCAUUCAUCCCCCUUAGAACCAAGGAAGCAUGUGAAGGAUUCCAGAGGUGAUCAAUUGUCAGACCGCGGUCACACCUUAAAAACAGAGAUGGUACUUAAAGAGAGCAACAAUGCCUCCAACAGGAUCCCACCACCUCUGGCUGAGGGGCUCCAAUUACCACAAUCUGAUCUCCACACUGAUUCCAAUACCAAGAAAGUUAAAAGGCACGCCAUCUCUGGCCCACUAACAAGUAAAGCAUGGUCAGAGAAGCCCAUUCUGUAUUCUAGUGGGCCCAUUUCCUCAUCAGAGCACCCUCAUCUGGUUACUCCAAUGCUUGCACGUAUUCCUAUGCCUCACCCAUCUGUUUCUCCAAAAGUAUCACCUUCCACAUCACCUCCUCUUAUUUCAUCACCAAAAAUAAGCGAGCUUCAUGAGCUUCCAAGGCCCCCAGUCAGUUUGGUGGACCCCACAAGAACUUUAGUUGGUCACUCAGCCCCUUUGGUGUCUAGAGGUCAAGAGCUUUCCUCAACAAAUAAAAUUCCUUUGAGGGUGUCCCAGGCAGCUUCUCCGCUACCAAUGCCUCCUGGGAGUUUUCCUCGGAGUUAUUCUAUACCCUCAAGCCGUCAUGGAGCAACACCAAUAAACAUGGUGAAGUUGGAGGUUUCUCAGAAUCAAGACACAACUCGAGAAGUUGCUUCACCUCCUUUGACGCCUAUUCCUUUUGCGAAUGUCCAGCCAUCGUCAACUGCUUCUGAAUCCAUCUCUCGACCAAGAGAAACUUAAGGUGUGGAUAUAUUGGCCCGCGUCACUGAUUUCCUUUUUGUGUGAUUCUUCUUCCAAAGAUGAUUGUUGUUGUGAGCAAUCUCUUUCCCAUCCAGUCUAUGUAAAUAAUAUGUGUAUUACUGGUCUUCUCCUCUUAUAAGCUUUGUUUCUUCUUGGCUAUGGACUAUGAUAAGAACAGCAUUAUCGCAUCAAUUGGUGGUCUGUUUUGCACCAA